AGCUGCGGUUCUGCUGUGUCAUGCAAGAAGGAGGCGGCGGCGGCGGCGGCGGCGGCGGCGGCGGCCGGAGCUGGAGGGGGAGGAGGGGAGGAACCUGAUCCUCCGGUAGCGAAGGGCUAGAGGCAAACACCGAGCUCCUCCAGAGCCGCCCGGGAGCAGGGAGGGCUCCGCUAGCCCGGGGGGCCCUCCCCGCGGGGCAGAUGAGUUCCAUAUCCAGACUCUCAAACCAUGUUUUGGGAUCAUCCAAACAUUCCAUCCCCCUGACUCCAUAAACUAUCGGAUUCAUAACCUGCUCCAUGCUUGAAAACAUGGGGAUUGGAAUUCGGAACAUUUUAGUGGACAAACCAAACGACCAAUCUUCAAGAUGGUCUUCAGAGAGCAACUAUCCUCCCCAGUACUUGAUUCUAAAGCUCGAAAGGCCUGCUAUAGUUCAGAAUAUCACAUUUGGAAAAUAUGAGAAAACUCAUGUUUGCAAUUUGAAGAAAUUUAAAGUCUUUGGUGGAAUGAAUGAAGAAAAUAUGACAGAGCUGUUGUCCAGUGGCUUAAAGAAUGAUUAUAACAAAGAAACAUUCACCUUGAAGCAUAAAAUUGAUGAACAGAUGUUCCCUUGUCGAUUCAUUAAAAUAGUUCCACUCUUGUCCUGGGGACCCAGCUUUAACUUUAGCAUCUGGUAUGUUGAACUUAGUGGCAUUGAUGAUCCUGAUAUAGUACAACCUUGUCUCAACUGGUAUAGCAAGUACCGUGAACAGGAAGCUAUUCGCCUUUGCCUAAAACACUUCAGACAACACAACUAUACAGAAGCUUUUGAGUCACUGCAAAAGAAAACCAAGAUUGCACUGGAACAUCCCAUGUUAACAGAUAUUCAUGACAAGCUGGUGUUGAAGGGUGAUUUUGAUGCUUGCGAAGAGUUGAUUGAAAAGGCUGUAAAUGAUGGCUUGUUCAAUCAGUAUAUCAGUCAACAGGAAUAUAAGCCACGAUGGAGUCAAAUCAUUCCCAAAAGUACCAAAGGUGAUGGGGAAGAUAACCGUCCAGGAAUGAGAGGAGGCCAUCAGAUGGUUAUUGAUGUUCAAACAGAGACUGUUUAUUUGUUUGGUGGCUGGGAUGGAACACAAGAUCUUGCUGACUUCUGGGCGUACAGUGUGAAGGAGAACCAGUGGACAUGUAUCUCUAGAGACACUGAAAAAGAGAAUGGUCCUAGUGCCAGAUCGUGUCAUAAAAUGUGCAUUGACAUUCAACGGAGGCAAAUCUACACAUUGGGGCGUUACUUGGAUUCCUCUGUGAGGAACAGCAAAUCUCUGAAAAGUGACUUCUAUCGUUAUGACAUUGAUACAAACACAUGGAUGUUACUAAGUGAGGAUACUGCUGCUGAUGGAGGGCCGAAAUUGGUGUUUGAUCAUCAGAUGUGUAUGGACUCAGAAAAACAUAUGAUCUACACUUUUGGUGGUAGAAUUUUGACUUGUAAUGGCAGCGUAGAUGACAGCAGAGCCAGUGAACCACAAUUCAGUGGCUUGUUUGCUUUCAACUGUCAAUGUCAAACCUGGAAACUUCUUCGAGAGGACUCCUGUAAUGCUGGGCCUGAGGACAUCCAGUCUCGAAUAGGACACUGCAUGCUAUUCCACUCAAAAAAUCGUUGCUUAUAUGUAUUUGGUGGCCAGCGAUCAAAGACCUAUUUGAAUGAUUUCUUUAGUUAUGAUGUGGACUCUGAUCAUGUAGACAUAAUAUCAGAUGGCACCAAGAAAGACUCUGGGAUGGUUCCAAUGACAGGAUUUACACAGAGAGCAACUAUUGAUCCAGAACUGAAUGAAAUACACGUCUUAUCUGGACUCAGCAAAGAUAAGGAAAAGAGGGAAGAAAAUGUUAGAAAUUCAUUCUGGAUUUAUGACAUUGUGAGGAAUAGUUGGUCUUGUGUCUAUAAGAAUGAUCAAGCUGCAAAGGAUAAUCCAACUAAAAGUCUUCAGGAAGAAGAACCAUGUCCAAGGUUUGCCCAUCAGCUUGUAUACGAUGAGCUACACAAGGUUCAUUACUUAUUUGGUGGGAAUCCAGGAAAAUCUUGCUCUCCAAAGAUGAGAUUAGAUGACUUCUGGUCACUGAAGUUGUGUAGACCUUCAAAAGAUUAUUUACUGAGGCAUUGCAAGUACCUCAUAAGAAAACACAGGUUUGAAGAAAAGGCCCAAAUGGAUCCCCUUAGUGCUCUGAAAUAUUUACAAAAUGAUCUUUAUAUAACUGUGGAUCAUUCAGACCCAGAAGAGACAAAAGAGUUUCAGCUCCUGGCAUCAGCUCUAUUCAAAUCUGGUUCAGAUUUUACAGCUCUGGGCUUUUCUGAUGUGGAUCACACCUAUGCUCAAAGAACUCAGCUCUUUGACACCUUAGUAAAUUUCUUCCCUGACAGCAUGACUCCUCCUAAAGGCAACCUGGUAGACCUCAUCACACUGUAACUGAAGAGUCACUGGACACAGAAAUGGAAAACAGGAGUCGAUUUUCCGUCUUUUGGAUUGCAGCUCCACUGACUGACAGUAAAGCUGCAGUGAUUGAGGACUACACCAGAGUUCUGAAGGGAUCUUAACCAUCACAAGUUUUUACCCUCUUCCUUCAUGCCUGACCUCAACCCCGCUCUCCUCAUCCUAUUCCUAAAUUAGGCUAAUAAAGUGAAAUUGGUAUACUUUCCAGUUAAA